UUCUUUUUUUUUUUCUUUUGUAAAAUUUAAAAAUGAUUCGUAAUAUGAAGUGCAAGAUGCUCAUGCACCGCGCUCUCGCGUACCGCAUGAACUCCCGCUGCAGCAUGCUCCCCACCAGUCUGCUGUGCCGCAAGAAGCCAGAGUCGCUGGGUGAAGAUAUUACCAUCACUGACAUCAACAUACACGACCUGGCCAAGGGCGAUCUGGAGUUUCGACGCAAUUUUCUGACAUCCCCGAUGUUGCUGCGCCCGGAGGUGGAACUGCCGAAGACCGAGGAAGACGCAACUUCCAAUACCAAGGGGAAGUCAACCCCAAAGACGACUGCUGAUGCUGCUGGGACACAGGCUCCAACAGCCAGCGAUGUUGAUGAUGCAGCUGCCAAUUCCACCGUCAAACUUAGCUCUGAGAUGGAUUUGGAGGGCAAACUAUUAAAUUUGAGGAACGAAAUACUCGUGCACCGUACCACAAUGUCCCGCUGGACCAGCAGUUUGCUGUGCCGCAAGCAGCCCGAUCCAGAAAUCAACAUUCGCGAUCUUGGCAAGGGAGAUUCCACAGCCAGCGAUGGUGAUCUAUUCCCUGCAGAUUCCACUGUCAAGGUUUGUGAUGUGCUGGGUUUUGAGGGCAAUCACCGUGCCACCAUGGAACGCAUGGCCACCAGUCUGAUGUGCCGCACCAAGCUGUGUUUGCAGUACUUCGCUGACGCCAAGGGACAGUUGGAGUUUCGCCGCAACUUUCAGACAUCGGGGAAGUUGCUAGAUUCAACACCCAAUACCAUGGAUAAAUCUUCAGCAAAGAACACUGAAGAUGCCUCUGAAACACAGGCACCCACAGCUAGCGAUGGCAAUGGUGAUGGGGCCAAAAAGAGCUCCGUGCUGGAUUUGGAUGGCAAUCAGAUUACGCCCAUUGAGAUUGAUGGCUGGAAACAGGACGAUGAAUCCGAUCCGACUGUCCAGAACAACACCGAUAUCGACAUUGGCAACGAUGACGAAUACAACGAUGAGAUGUUGCUCAAGGUGCCGGAGAAACGUGAAGGCGAAUUCUCGUACAAGGGCAUUACGAUUAAGCUGCCAGAGUCUGCUUCCCAGGACAUUGGCACCUAUCGCUUUCGCCGCGAUGCCGAGGAUCUGGAGUGCCUCGCCGAUGACAUGCGCAUCGUCAAGUUUGACAAAAAGUAGUGGGAUUUACGCAUAGGUUUCCUGCUACACAACCUUGUUUGGAUCCCACCAGUUGAUUUGUUUAAUAUUUGGCCAGAUAUUACACUGCAUGUACACCGUUGAUGCAAGUCUCACACUCACACAGCAAACAAACACACAUAGAUAAAGAAUCAGUUAAUCAGCGUCAUA